AUGAAAAAAAAGAAUCAGAAUAAAAGCCGAAGUCGUGUGCGCGUGCAGGGUUCGGGACACCACCGGCAGUUACUAGAUGCUCCCAAGUAUCCAAGCGGCGGAGUUGCCACCUCUGAUUUAAGAGGAACAUUAAUGCUUAUGUUGGUCUUCAGUGCAAAUCACCAGGGUUUACUCCAUCUCCUCAUAUUUGGACUUCCUCACUAUUCUCAGCUAAGACUGUCACUCUCUGUCCCAACUUAUUUGGCCAUUAAUAAUGAACCUGCAGCAUGGAUGUUCCAAAGCAAUGUGUAUCGAGGGCAUCUGAGUGCCAGCCUCACCUCUCUCCCUCUCAUUGACCUCUCCUUAAACAUAGAACUUCCUCCUCCCAUUAUGGCAUCUUUUGGCUACCGUUUCCCUGUCACCUUUGAUGAUGACAAUGGUGGUGGUGGUGGUGAAGAUGAAGAUGUUGUAGGCAGCCCCUCCUCUUCGCACUUUCGCUCACCUAAGCUUCUGCACGAUGAUACUGAUGCAACCGACACUGUUUAUGGGAAUGAUGGUUCCUCUGUGUUAGAUGAAAAUAUCUGGGGACAAACCCAACUCUCGCCAAAUUCUCACUCUCCUCCUCGUCCUUCUGUCUCCAACGUCUCUGCUGUAUGUACAAGCCACUCGACGUCUACCCGAGGCCAUGCCAGAUCAGGCACGCUCAGGCAGUUCUGUGAUAGUCCUGCGUCUGAAUGUUCUGCCUCUGCUCGUAGAACCACACCCACCACAUCUAAUCUUACUGGCACUUGUAAUGCAUCUACUGUUCUGUCUUCUGCAAGGAUGUGUUUUCACCAUGGGCAUGAAAUCCUUUCUACCACAAAAUCCUCAAAAAGGUCAUGUCAUGUAGAAUGUCUGGACCCUUCCUCCUCUUGCAUUGAUUAUCCCAAGUAUGGUGCAAGUCAAGCCUUCUCUGCUUCUUUGUCCAAAUAUUCCACCAAAGGGGGUACUCCUGGGUAUUUUUACUCAAAGCUUACAAAGUCCAUAGAUGACACAGCUCCAGUAGCUGAGUUUGAAGCUAUAGAAAACUCAGAAGAUUCUCUCCUAUGUUCACCUGUAAAUAUACCACAGACCACUUUCUCCUCUCCCAUUAGACCUGGCUAUGCUGGUAAUUUCCUCUUCUUCUCCUCUGCCUCUUACCCUACAGACAUCAUGACCAUGAGUCUCCCAGCUGUAUUAACUAGCCUUUCUUCUCCCCUACACUCUCCUUCCCCAAAGGGAAGAAGCAUCUCUCCCUCACCUCAAGGAAGGAGUUUUUCUCCCUCGCCACGGUAUUCUCAUUUUGCACCAACAUCCCCUCAGUCCUCCAGUCCACUUCCUCCUACAAUGACUGCUCAUCCUUCUAAGUCUUGGGACUCAUCCCAGGCAUCCCUAAGCCCCUUACUCCCACCUCCCCCAUCCCUAGGCCGCCGCACAAGGAGCCCUAGCCCGCACCUUGGCUUAGAUCAGGGGUCGGGUGAGGAGGACGGGUCGGCUCAGGACCUAAUUUUUCUGGAGUCCCCACAAGAUGAAAUCUUUGACCCACUGCUUGCCAAGGACAUUCCCCACAGUGUUCUUCCUGGAGGAAGACCUACCCACCCACCACCACCUGUUCCUACAUUGUCCAAGUCAACAUCCAGCCUCCCAGGAAUGUCAGUUGCUGGCGACAUGGGGGUUGGUGUUGGCAGUUUGAGUACCUCCCAUCUACCUGGCACCACUGCACCUCACCCAGCACUUGCUCGCACUACAGCUAUUAACACUACUGGCCUACCCAAUGCUACGCCAAAACGCGCUUCAGAUUAUCGCCUAUUGUCCCCUUACCAGCCACCUGGGUCUGAGUACCGUCCAUUGUCAACUUUACAGACUAGUAUGGGUACCCCCAUUGGUUGUCAAAACCCUAUUUACAAUCAGCACCAGCCUCCAGGGGUGGCUUCCCUCCCAAGCACGACUCGAGCUGGGAAUGCAGGAGCAGCUUUCGCAAGCAGUAUGCUGUCCCAUGGGUCAGAGGAGUCAUCAACAGGAGCAGUGACUGGCAGGUCUGGCCAGUAUGUUCAGUUCGAGCCACCAUUUGCACAAGUCAACAAAGCCCUUAACACCACUGCCCAGCCACAACGACCCCCACGUUUAUCCCAGAGAGACUUGUUAGGUGAUUUUUCCAAGGACUUCCAAAAACUUACAGUAAACAGCUCUUCUAAAACAGCAAUUGCAGGGAAUAACAAUAACACAAUAUUAAACAAUAAUAAGGUACCAACAUCAAACAGUGAUACUAGAGGUGCAAGUGACAACACAUGGGCAACAUUUGAUUGAUGAAAAAUUACUUUAUAAAUAAUUUGUCAGAUUUCAGUGGCUUGAAGAAGGGAAGUGUUUCGGGAAAGUCAUAAAGACAAACUACAUAAAUGAAUAUUAACUCAUUCAUUGGUGGUUGUGAUACCAUAUUAAGGACAUAGAUUACAGACUAAUUUGAACCUCUACAAGAUUACUUAUAUAGUAUUUUUUUUAUGACUUUUUGAGUGUUGGAUUUUAUAUAGAAGCAUUUAUCUAAUAUGGUGCAUAUUCAGAUUAUGGAAAAGUGGCCCCUUAAUUGAAUAUAUAAAAUUAUGCUAUGGUAACCCUAGUAGCUUCACAGAAAGUUAUAUUCUCAUUAGUUUUAUUUCAUAAUGAGCUGGUAAAUUACACUGGCCAACCAAAGACUGACAGACUAUGCUGAUGAAUAUCCACUGCCUGAUCAUUGUGUAUCUGUACAAUGUUAGUACAUACGCACACAUUUUAUAUACUACUAAGAAACAGUACUGUCUGUGGAUAUUACUGCAUAUGUCAGUAACAAAGUAGGACUAUGGCAUUUCAAUUAAGACAUGAAACCAGUGAUGUGGUUAUUUUUAUGUAUUAAAAUACGUAUGCUGUUAAGCCUGGAGCUUAAAUGGAAAUUGUAUGGUAGCUUGUAACAAAGAACAAUGCCCAGCAAUGGUGAUAUGAGGGGUGGCUGUAACUACAGUACUAGAUAAUCAUAUACAGUUUUUACUGAUUAGUUUGGAGGUGAUAGCUACAAGAUAGAGAGAAAUAAAAUAAUAGUUUAUAUGGUAUGCUUUUCUUGAAGAUUAAAAGCACUUGUGAUUGGAAUGUUUACAAAACUGAGAGAGUGAACUUUUUUCUUCAUAUAUUUAUCUCUGUAGCUUUCUUUCUCUAUCUGGUAGCCAGUAGUCAAUCAUGCCUGAUUGCAGAUAUGUCCUGCAUUUGAUUACCUCUACAGGCAAGUGUAAAUGCCUAUACUCCCAAGGAUGCCUUGGACCAUUAUUAGUUUCCUGAUCUAAUUUCCAUAAAGGAAGUUUAGUCUGCUGUGAAACGGUAAAGGAUGGUGCAUAUAUGGGGAAGAUUUAAGAGAUUCUGUCCCAUUUCAAAUUUAUUAGAAUUUAGCUUACAUACUUCUGUCAUUGUCAUACAGUUGGUAUGUUUAAAAUGGUUGAUGUAAUGUCAUUGAUCUUUAAAUAAGUAUAGAUGUCUUUACUACAAUGGCAUAUCACAUGAAUUCUGUUCAGGCAACAAUAAAACAUUUUGUACAGAACUUAGAGGGCAAAAAGGAGAUGUUACUUGUUAUUGUAGUAACAUACUGUGUGACAGACAGUGGAGUAAUGCUUGAAAUUUAGUUAAGAGAAUUCCUAUUUGUUUUGACAAGUUAAUUUUUUUUUAGAAAAUCUUUACUAAUAGUGUUUGAUGAUAUGUUUGAAUACUGAAAAGAUUAGGUUACUUUUAUACAAUCCAAUAAGAAUGAAAGUCAGUUGUAAUGUUGCAGCUCAAUUGUUAAUUAUUUUUUUCGAGUUGUUAAAAUAUUACUUGGGAAACUUCAUAAACCUGAUACAGUACCAGUUGUAGAGUACUGUACAGUAAAACCUCAAUUUAAGACUGAUUUAAUGGACAAAAAUCUGUGGCCAUAUAACCAGGAAUAAUAGCCAAAGUCUGUUGGAACUAGAAUUGUCUAUUUUUAUGGUCCACUGAGUAAAUUGAUUUCAGAUUUAACGGAAAAAGUCUCUUAAAUUGGAAUGAUCUGUUGUGAUGGACAAUUCUGGAGUUAAUAGACAAAGUCUGUUGAAUCCAUACUUGGUCCAUUGGUGUUUCAGUCUGCUGGGCAAAUUGAUUAUCAGAUUUUAUAGACUAUGUUAAAUCCAGAAUUAUUCCUCAUUGUUACAAUCGUGGAUGAGCAAUAUCUGGAUUUAACAGUCGACUUUAAUGGACACCCCCCUCCUCCCAUUUACUUUGUUAAAUUGAGGGUUUGUUGUAUAAGAAUACUGAUGCUGCUGCUUUAGCGUCUACAAAAAUGCAAAUAGAAAAUAUAUAGUAAAUUUCUUUUUACUAAUUAUUAUAAUCAAAAAGAAGCACUAAGCCACAAGGGCUAUACAGCUCUUUUUACUAAACUGGUUAGUAAUAUUGGUUCAGAAUCUCUUGACCCUCAAUUCUUCCAUAAAUCUUUCCCUGCAGUAUUCACAGUAGUUUGCAAAAUGAGGUUAUGCCACAAACCAGACGAGAAAGCUUGCAUUUAAGUUGCAUUGAUGUUAACAGUAGGCAGUAUAAUGUAUCCAGUAACUCCUCCAAACUUGCCAGUUUUAAAAAGGCCCACCUACUCAACCCCCUCAUCUACACCCAACUGAUGUAUGUAUGAUAUAUCAAUAUUUUGUUCCUAAUUUACAGACAGCAGCAGUUUUAAUAACCAUUCCAUUCUUUGUCAAUUCUUGGAAGGGAACAAAUGAUGGAAGCAAUGCCUGUAUUAUUAGUUUUAUGGCGCCUUAUGAAACUGGUUUGUUACAAAGUGUGUAAAUAUAUUAUGAAAAAGGUGUUUUUAAUAUUGUAAUUGCAUUCUCUAAAUUUAUACACACUCAUAACUAUAUAUAAAAAUAUAUGAAUGCCCAGUUAUUGUUAACUUUGGAAAUUAUAUAUUUUAAAAAAUAUAUUUGACCCCUCCAAUGAAUGUGUGUAAUGUAUUAAAUAUAUUUUUUCUGCAUCUAAAAAAAAGUACAGUAUGAUCCAGCUACUGUAUACUUUGAUUAAUAAAUUCCUUGUCAUGUGAUAAAUAUCUUAACUGUAUGUGGUAUUAUGUAACAGUUUUGUUCAGAAUGAAUGCAAAUGUUUUACUAUACAUGUUCAAGCUGCAUUUUGUGAGGACACCACCUUACUCAUUCAGGUUACUGUGCUGCUGUCCCAUUCUCAUAGUUAUUACAUGCUAGAUAAUUUUCAUGGUAUUUCAUGUAAAAUUUCUAGCCACUAUCUCUUUUUUACUCUCAUUAUUGUUAU